AUGGCCGCCAAAUCCUCCGCCAUCCAAUCCGCCUACUCCUCCCUCUCCGCGCACAUGGCCAGCGCCGCCGCCGACUCCUCCCCCCCAACCGCCUACACGACCGCCAUAACGCACACCUUCACCGACGAGGCCGGGUCGACGAGCGCCGUCACCAUCAGCGCCGCGUCGUCUUCACACAGCCGAGACGCUGAAAGCUCCGCCUCCACCGGCGGCCCCGUCGUCGCGGCCUUCACGGUGUACGGGCCGGAUGAUCGGGUGGCGUAUUCGACCACGACGUUGUCGACGGGGGGUUGCGCCGCGGGGCAGACGGCGACGGCGGGUGUUUGGGGGGGAGGCUGGGGCGGCGGCGGCGGCGGCAGCAACGGGGCGGUGGGGCAGAGCACGAACAUCUACACGUCGGUCGUCACCGCCACUCCCACAUUGAAGCUACUGUCGACAAAAGAAAUGGACGGACAAAAACAACAUAUCUACCGGCGACCCUCCUCGAAGGAAGACAAGAUCAGUCGAGCAGGAUAUCAAGUCCCACAAGUGAGGCUGCUGCGAGCACACCAAUCGUCACAGCUUCCCUCCGCGCAAACCCACAGCAAGCCCCAACAACCACAAGACCACCACCACGACAACUGGAAAAUGACCUUCGGCACCGCCAUCACCACCGGAAUCAUCACCGUCGCCGGCGCCUACUUCCCGGGCAAGCUAGUGGCCAUACGCGCAUCAUCAUCAACGAAGAGGAACAGCAACAACAAGUCAUCCGACACCGGCCGGUACACCACUCACAAAAAGCGGCGGGGCACAGGACCAACGACACGAACCACCGUCAUAGUCAAGCGCGCAACGGGUGGAAGACAUCAUGGCGGAGAUGGCGACGGGAAGUCAACGGCGCGGAGCUGCCGCCGCCGCACCAUCAGGUAUAUCCGCCAGAGUUGGCGGAAGGAGCGAAGAAGGCUCGGUGAUGUCGAGAACAAGGUCCUGGAUCAGCGGAAGGGUGAAAUCUCUGGUACUGGAGCGUUCAAGAACGACUUCCUGCUGACCAGAGCAGCGAUUACCACGCAGCACAAGCAUAAGGAAUAUCAGUGUGAAGCAGUAGUAACUACAUUUUUGCGAAAGGUAAUUAUCUAG